AUGGCCACGGCGGCACUGUCACAUUGCCGGAUUAAUUAUUCAAAUGCGCCGCCGCCGCAACCGCCUUCUCCGACGUCGUAUUUGAGCUGCAAAUGUCAGCUGGUGGAGUGGCGUAUGCUUAGACCUAAUUAUUAUGUUAAUUACCGGACGCAAGCUAGAAUUCCCAAUGUCAUUCGUGCUCUUUCAAGUGAGGAUGACAAUGGAGCAGGUCCCAAUGGACAUGCAGCUUCGGUUUCCGUCAAGGAAGCCUCUCCGGUGGCUCCUCCUCCUCCUCCGCCGCCUCUUUCCUCGCAGGUGAAGCGUCAUACAAUCUCAGUUUUUGUUGGGGAUGAAAGUGGCAUAAUUAAUCGAAUUGCUGGUGUUUUUGCUCGAAGAGGUUAUAAUAUUGAGUCUCUUGCUGUCGGGUUAAACAAAGAUAAGGCUUUGUUUACCAUAGUUGUCUCUGGCACCGAGAAGACUUUGCAACAAGUCGUGGAACAACUCAACAAACUUGUAAAUGUGUGGAAGGUUGAAGAUUUGUCUAGAGAACCACAAGUAGAACGUGAAUUGAUGCUCAUUAAGCUCCAUGCAGAUCCGAAAACAAGAGCAGAAAUUAUGUGGUUAAAAGACAUCUUCAGGGGAAAAAUCGUGGACAGUUCUGAGCAUUUUCUGACUCUUGAGAUCACUGGAGAUCCUGGAAAGAUGGCUGCUGUCCUGAGAAAUUUUAGCAAGUUUGGUAUUAAGGAACUUGGACGAACUGGCAAGAUUGCUUUAAGGCGAGAAAAGAUGGGUGAGACUGCUCCCUUUUGGAGGUUUUCUGCUGCCUCUUAUCCAGAUCUUGAGAAAAAGGUUCCCCUUCAACCUGUUUUGGAGGCUACAAAUGGAACAUCUAAUGGCAGUUUCACCGAUGCCUCAAGGGGUGAUGUCUAUCCUGUGGAACCUUAUGAAGAUUAUUCUGCUGUAAAUCAAGUUCUUGAUGCCCACUGGGGAGUCCUCUAUGAUGAAGAUUCAAGUGGAUUUCGGUCACACACUUUAUCCAUGCUUGUAAACAAUGCACCUGGUGUUCUGAAUCUAGUGACUGGAGUUAUUUCGAGGAGAGGUUACAACAUUCAGAGCCUUGCUGUUGGUCCUGCUGAAAAGGAAGGGCUCUCUCGAAUUACAACUGUUGUUCCUGGAACAGAUGAGACUAUUGGAAAAUUAGUGCAGCAAUUCUACAAAUUGGUGGAGAUUUAUGAUGUCCAAGACCUGACUCACUUGCCUUUUGCCGAGCGGGAAUUGAUGUUGAUUAAGGUUGCUGCAAAUACUGCAGCCAGGCGAGAUGUUCUUGAUAUUGCGAGUAUUUUCCGUGCCAAGCCUGUUGAUGUAUCCGACCAUACAAUAACGUUAGAGCUGACUGGAGAUUUCAGCAAGAUGCUUGCUUUGCAGAGAAUGUUGGAGCCGUAUGGCAUUUGUGAGGUGGCACGAACUGGUCGAGUGGCACUGCUGCGAGAAUCGGGUGUUGAUUCAACCCACUUGCGAGGUUUUCCUCUCCCCUCAUAG